ACACACACACGCAUUUAUACUCUUUAUGUUUAUUGAUUAUCAAUCUGUGGUCAAAUUAAGAAUAGAUUAAUAUAUUUUUUUCUUUAAUACAAUUAUUAGUCUCUAGUAGAAAUGAUAAUAGAAAGGUGACAAUAGAGCUAUAAUAAUGUUCAAACUUAAAAUUUAAAAUAAUUAUGGUUGAAUUUCGACCACUGAACUACCAUUAGUAGGUAAUAAUAAAAUAAUUUAUUGUCUUUCACACAGAUUUUGAUUAUUAUAGGCAGCCUACAAUAAAACAACAAAAAAAGCACUAUUCUGACAUUACUGGCAAGCAGCUCAAUAUUUGCACUUGUACAUCAUUAAUAAGAAUUUCAUUAAGAAUAUUGAUAAUUUAAGAGGAUUUUGACAAGUGCGGAUUAAUAUAGUUACAUAAUAUAUUGUAAAUUAAAUAAAUUUUAUGAGAGCCAUGCCUUGUUCAGAUGUGAGGAUUAGGGGUUUUCCUAUUAUUCUUUUCUAUAUUAUUCUGUCAACUUAUAAAAUUAGUUUAGUCUCUUUUAGUCUAGAAAAGGACAAAGUAUUCUUUCUGUCUUUUUCAAAUAAAAUGCAUGCCUUAAAGUGCUAAAAUCGAAAAACUAAAAAAAAUACAAUUCUUGAAGUACAUUUUUGAAAAUUACCAGAAAAUAAGAAUAUUGGGUUGAGCCACUUUAAUUCUAAAGGUACAAAAUAGUAUUGAACACGUGACAUUACCCGAGUAAUUUUGAAAGUGGUACGUUCCCAUUAAAAUACUGUUGAAAUACUUGUGUUUCAUUUAGACGGUCUAAUGCCAAAACACCACGUGCUACCAAUAUACGAGAAAAAAUAUUAUUGCUGCUUUCGGUGAAUAAACGUCCUGUGAAUCGAGUAGCAUAAGUCAACUCACACUCACAAUUCUUCAUUUUUCACCUUGAAGAACGUACACUCGAUUUGCGCAGUUGUUAAAUUAAUUAAAGACUUGUUAAAUUUUGAAAAUUAAACAUUUUUAUCGAUUGUGGUGUUUUUGGUGCAGUGUGGUAUUUUUGUUGUAGUGGUGUUUUAAAGCAACGUAAAAAUGAAAACAAGCCAGCAUCAAUUUGAAUUAUUGGUAACUAUUAUGGAAGAACACGGAGAUCUCAGCAAGCCGUCAUCCAGCGCUAGAGGUCGGAUGGCAGGUAUUAAGCAUUGGGAGGAGUUAACGUCGUUAUUAAACAGCGAUGGCAGUGGUGAUACAAAAACCACAGAGAAGUGGAAAAAGGUGUGGAGCGAUUUUAAAAAUAACACCAAAAAGAAAGCGGCACGCAUGUAUAAAUUUGCAAGUAGAACUGGUGGUGGACCUGCAUUAAAUACUAAACUUACAGAGUUGGAACAAAGAGUUUUGAAUAUUAUUGGUAUGCAGACAGCAACAGGUUUAGCGGUGGCUGAGGCAGGAAUUUCGCAGGAUAUUGUUGUAUCACAACCCCGAACUCCAGUACAAUCUGGCAAUACAGGUGUUGAACUAUGUAAUGAGCCUGGACCUUCUGGUCGAAUAUAUACAGGACCAAGCACAUCCAGGGAGACCCAGGUUGAGACAACACCUCAUAACCAGGCAUUCAAUGUAGAUAUUGAAAUUGUAGAAGCAGAUGUGGUACCAACAUCAUAUCUGGAGUCUGCCUUUACUGCACCUCAGUCUCCUGUGCAGUAUGGACCAACCACACCACGCCGUCGCGAAAGACCAUCACGAGUACGAUCCCCGCUUCAAAGACGUGCCAGGCUAACACAGACAGAGCACGCUGCACUUCUUUUUAGAAAUUCAGAUUCUAAUUGGAGAGCAUUUAAAAUUGACCAACAUAAAGAUUUCAUGGAAAUGCGCAAAGAUCGGAAUAGAGUAAGAGAAAUGGAAGUGCAGGCUCAGAGGGAAUGGCAAGCCAUGGGUUUAAGUGCAUUAGACUUAUUAACUCAAGUAGUUAAUAAGUUUUGUAAAGAUUAAAUUUGUAAAGUAGAUAUAAUUUUGUUAUCUUGUUAUUUGUUUUUAAUCUCUAUAAUUGUUAUCUUCAAUUAUUAUAGUAUAUACUUAGAUUUAAAAAAAUUAAAGACUGAUUCUAU